AUGACAGUCAGCAUCUACUACUUUCUUGUUAGCUUCAUUGCUAUCGCGUCUUUAGGAGGGGCAUCUGUUCCACUGUCACCCACCGCCUCUCUGGAGAAAACCGCCUAUUCAUUGAGCAAAGCAAAUGCUUGCUGCAUUCUGUUUGAUCCUUGGACAGCCGAUGAGUCCAUUGUCAUCAAAUCCCAUGUACAGAACAUCUCAGGCCAGCGGCUUCACACCAUCCAGACGCAGCGAGCUGAAGAAAAGUGA